CCAGUCCCAGUCCGGUGUUUGGAAAGUAAAAAUGGGAGGGAGACAGGUUUGUCCCGUUGAUCAUUUUAUCCCAAAUGAAAGGGAUAGAUCUGACCCAUCUGGAGGCUGGGUCGCUUUUGUCCGACUGAGCUCUCUUCUACCGCAUCAAGUCCUUUUAUUUCCCGCCACUGAUAGGAAUCUUUGUCGCGAAGGUUCUUGGCGGUUGAGUCUAAACCACUUUCUUUUUUAUUCGGAACCCUAGGAGGAGAAGAAGCAGAACUCGGCCUCAGCCAUGAACGAUCAUAUCUCCAGCGUGUUUCACUGUCCUAUGGCAGGCGUCGUUAAAAGAAUCCGGCUAUAGAACUUCAUGUGCCACAGUCACCUGGAAAUCGAGCUCGGCGACUCCAUCAAUUUCAUCACCGGUCAAAAUGGAAGUAAGGCUCCUCUUUCUAUCUUCUCUAUGCCUAGGGUUUAUGGCAUCCAGAAUUUGUUGAUUUUGCCUAUGGUUUCAAUUUUCUCAGGUGGUAAGAGUGCGAUACUUACUGCUUUGUGCGUUGCAUUUGGGUGUCGAGCUAAAGGGACUCAAAGGGCUUCAACGUUGAAGGAUUUUAUUAAAACUGGUUGCAGGGUAGAAGGUCCGCAGAUGACAAGUUGUAGAGUAGGAUAUACAUUUCUGAGAAGUUUGUAGCUGUACCUGCUGAGGAUUGUUAAGAGAGAAUUCGGUGUUUUUGAUACAAGUCCAUCAGAGAAACAACGGACUAUAACAAUUUUUGUUUGUAUGCCACCUUUCGUACAGGUUUAAUAUUCUCAUGGCUGUUUGUGAGUAAUAAAAAUUCAUUGAUCUGUCUAGAAAUUUAGAAUAUAUGAACUAUGUUUACUUUGAUAAAGCAUUUCACUCUUGAUGUACAGGGCCCUACUGUAAGAGGAUAGAGAUAAGUUAAAUUUAGGAAGUUCUAUCUGAAAGGAGUGUUUUACUAAUAACCUUGUUGAUUGGAUUGGUGAUGGGAAGUUCUGGAAGAGUAGUGAUUCUCUGAUAUCCUUGUUAAUUGGAUUUGUAAUUGGGAGAUUUCUCAACCAGUUCUCAGUCUCCGUACAGCUUUAGUUCUUCUUACAUUCACCUAAGUAUCUAAUUUCUUUAGGCCAAGUUGGAUUAGUCUUACUUUUGCAAUGCUGUUAAACUUUUAUUGAUAUAUUAUGUAAAUUUUCCCUCUUCCUUUAACAUUGAGAGAAACUUCAUUCUUUGGGCAUCAGUAUUUUCUCUUGUGCUUCUUUACUCUAACCAUUAACUGGAUCCUUUUGAUUAGUGAUUCUGUAGCCUGCAGUAUUGCUUUAAUGAGUGAGACACUUUUAGUUAUCUCAUUAGACCUGAAGUAUCCAUAAAGAUCUUUCUUAAUUUGCGUUUAAGGUGGUUGUUGAAAUUGUUUCAGACUUUCUUUUAGUUUUCAGUGGCCUGAAGCAUAGUGGGAGCACU